AUGGCUACCGUGGAAGACCAGAAGCUGAGGACACGCAGCUGCCGUGUCUCACUGAUGGAGCCGUUGUUGCCGCAACCACGAUCUGGAAGAGAUUUCGCAUAUGUUACAAUAUUGUGGACUGAAGACUUUGUGGACAACGCUAUCGUGUGGGCAACGGGACUGGCUGCUUCAGGAUCUGCAUUUCGGCGAAUUUGCAUCGUGGCAAGGGGAAAGAUUGCAAGGAGCAAGCUUGGAAUCUUGUCCAGGUGCUGUUGCGAUAUCGACUUUGCGGAUCCGAUUCAAGCUCCUGCUUUUUCAACUAGCCGAUCAAGCAGAUAUGAGUUCGUCUUGACCAAGCUGCGUGUUCUACAGCUUGAUCGAAAGGGACUCAGAAAGAUUGUGAUGAUGGACGCAGACACGCUUGUGCUCCAGAACGUCGACGAGCUUUUCUGGUUGCCAUCUCCCUCGGCCACAGUCAACAAGGACACUUUGAUGGGUGAAAUGGACAAGCCAAAGCUGAGUGCUGGCGUGAUGGUUCUCGAGCCUGACAGCGAGAAGUUUGACCAGCUCCUUGCAGACCUGCACUAUGAGGACCGGGGCACCUUCUCGCAGUUUGUUGAGCAGGAUUUGCUGGAUGCAUACUUCAACCACACCUACAACAUCAUACCCCUCACUUAUAAUCUAUAUCCGGAGUUACUGGACAUCAUGCCCUUCCUGCACCAUGACGACCAGUGGGAACCAUCGUCAAAUUGGUCGCUCCCUUUGGACCAUGGAGUCAAGGUGGUCCACUUGUGGCACCUUUUCAAUCCCUUUCAGACAGAAGCCUACAAAGGCGCACAGUACCUCCAGAUGAGUGCGCGGCUGGUGCAUAAACAGAUGUGGAAAUGGUACACCCUGUUCUGGGACCUUCACCAGAAAGGACUUGAGCGUGGCGCGCCACAGGAGUACCCGAAAUGGAAGCAGCAAUGUGCUGAAAGAUCACAGGCGUUCGGUCGCCAUAGUCAGAGGUUUGUUCCAGUGCUUGGCACAAGCACCGAGAUUCAAAUCUGCCGCCAUGUUGAUGGUCUAGCUUGGUGA